GCGCUGCGUCAAAGCCGACGGGCACACUUUGGCAUGCCCCUUUAAAAUUUCUGCAGGAAUUUUCUAGUUGUGUCAUUACUGUUCAAUCAAUCAUCUAGAUUCAAGAAGAAUCUGCUUGGAUCUAAACUGUAUUAAAAUUUAAACAGAACUUUUAGCUCAACAUGAAAGUCACUACAUUUGGAGAAAAUCUAACACACUCUGAACACACCAUUCCCAAUAUUAUGUGAUGAUGGCAGCAUCAUGCUGUGGGGAGAGAAGCUAGUCUGAGUUUGUGGCCCGAUGCAAAUAGUGACAUAUAGGACCUUCCUAGAAGAAAACCUGUAAAGGUUUGCCUUUAAGCAGGGCAACAAAUGUUGUAUAUACUGUAUUUUUAUUUUUUUUACUUCCACUUUACAAUUAUACAACACAACGGAUGUGAACAAGUUAAGGCACUGCACAACACACUGACUUUUUAAAAAUCUAACACCUAAAGUUAUUAUUAUUGUAGGAAGUAAUUAUCUGUGUUUGACCUUUUUAUAUUUUCUAUCUAAACAAUAAAUAGAAAUAUUUGCGGCUUAUUUUGUGUAAAGUUGUGUAUUUUGUGUGGAACAGGAUCGCCCGAACAUGACAUCCCGUGUUGGCCCCAGAACAGUCAGUCCAAAUGGAACUGACUUCAAACCCAGAGAAAAGGUGGCCCCACGUUACCAGAUGAACGCUUCCCUGAAGUCAGAGGUGCGGAAGCUGAACUGGGUCCACCUUCUGAUCUGGUUGCUAGUGGCUGCGCAAGUGAUUGUGAGCCACUUUGACCUGGUUUCACACGACACGGUGUCCGUACCGUACCAGUGGGAGUACCCCUACCUGCUCAGCCUCAUCCCCCUCCUCUGCAGCAGCCUGUCACUCCCAAACAAUAACAUCAGCUACCUGGUUAUAUCCAUGAUCAGUGCAGGGCUUUUCUCUGUGGCGCCUCUCAUUUAUGGUGGCAUGGAGAUGUUUCCCGUAGCUCAGCAGCUCUAUCGCCACGGAAAAGCGUACCGCUUCAUUUUUGGCUUCUCUGCUGUGACUGUUAUGUACCUCAUCAUGGUGGUUGCUGUUCAAGUGCAUGCGUGGCAGAUAUACUACAUGAAGAAACUUUUAGAUUCAUGGUUUGAUGCCACUCAGGAAAAGAAGAAGAAAUGAAUGUAUAGAAAAGGAUUGCUUCUGGAAAAUUUAUGUUUAUGUUGCAAGUUUCAUUCAGUUGCAUUUAUUUGGUCAGAAAAAAAUCCCACAACGUAGCAUAUUUAAGAUCCUAGAACAGUAAUAAGCAGCAGGUUAGCUUGCAUCUUGUGUCUGCAGUAACCAAUGAAAUAUUUGCACCUUCUUCAAUAAUAAGCCAGCUUCUGCUUUUCUCUAAAAAGAACUCAGGUUACAGUGACUUCAUUUUGCUCAUGCUUACACAACAACAAAGACACAAACUGUGUCAGUGUGUACAUUUUGCUUCUAAACUCCCAGUGUUUGUUCAUAUUAGGUGAUUUAUUUUGGUCUCAUUUGAUUAUGUUAUGUGAAUUAUGAUUAUAUCUCUAUUUUUAGCGAGAAAAAAAACAUUAAAGAAGAAAUAAAAUCAUCACAACCUC